AUGAUUUUCAUGAGGAAACUAACGAAAAUCAAUGAGCACAAUGCGCGUUACGAAAGGGGAGAAGAGACCUUUAAAGUGGCACUCAAUCAUCUUUCAGAUUUGACUGAAGAAGAAUAUAAAAAAUUAAAUGGCUAUCGCAAGGCGAAUAGAAAAAAAGGCUCAAAGACAUUUACUCGAUCUUUCAAUGUCCCUAUUCCGGAUAAAAUAGACUGGAGAAAGAGAAAAUAUGUGACACCAGUUAAGAAUCAGGGAGCAUGUGGAAGUUGUUGGGCAUUCAGUGCAACUGGAGCCUUGGAAGGUCAACACAAGCGAAAAACUGGAAAACUCGCCUUCGAUUAUGUCCGAAAGAACAAAGGUAUAGACACAGAAAAAUCCUACCCAUAUGAAGGAAUACAAGGAAAAUGCAGGUUUAAGAGGGAAAAUAUUGGCGCUACAGAUCGUGGAUUCAUAGAUAUUGAAAGUGGAAACGAAGAAUUACUUAAAGAAGCAGUGGCAAGCAUUGGACCUAUAUCAGUAGCGAUUGAUGCUAGCGAUUGGAAAUUCGAGUAUUAUGCAAAAGGUGUGUACAAAUCAGAGGAUUGUAGUAACGACGAUCUUAAUCACGGUGUUUUGGUAGUUGGUUACAAUACUGAUCCUAAAUAUGGAGAUUACUGGAUUGUCAAAAAUAGUUGGGGAGCCGAUUGGGGUAAACAUGGUUAUAUAUGGAUAGCUCGAAAUCACUCGAAUAUGUGCGGUAUUGCUACAAAUGCCAGUUAUCCACUGCUAUAA